AUGUCGCUUUUGACUCGGCCAAGUGUUGUUUUUGCUAUUGUAUUCGGCUGUUUUGCCGUAUUAGUACCACGAGUAUUUAUACCAUUAUUUCGAUCAAAACCAUCUACACCAGCAAAUCAAGUUGAUGAUCAUUUUCGACGACCACCCAUGAUCAUGUCUCGUAAUGAAAAUAGUGAUCCAGUUGAACAUGUUCAAGGUACACCACCACAUAUGCGUGGUGCACAUCCAAGUAUGCGAAUGCAUCAUCCAGGCGCUAAUAAUCGUCCACAGGGAUCAACUGAACAGGGUAGUACGAAAUCAAUUGUUACACUUGCUUUACCAAUGUAUACUGUUGGUAUUGGAAUAUUUUUCAUUUAUACAUGUUGUAAAUAUUGGUCAAAGAAAAAUCCUGAUGAAAAUAAAUUAAAAACUGCUGAUAUGCGAUGGGAUAGUGAGAAAAAAAGAUUAGCCUAUGAUAUACUUGAUAAAGAUAGUGAAGCAGAAGAAGAAGAAGAUGGAAAGAAACAAGAUUUAUAUUCAAGUUUAGAUCCAGAUUAUGUUGAAUAUUUGAAAACAAAAAAGAGAAAAGCCCUUGAAGCUGAACGAGCAAUGACUGAAGAACAAAAGCAAAUGCAUUAUGCAUUGGAAGAAAUGAAAAAAUCCUUAUCAUUUAUUAGUUCAAAAUUAGUUACAAAAGAAAGUCGUGGCAAUUUAAAUGGCAAUGAAAUUAUUCAAUUACAAGAACGUUUGAUGACAACUGAAGCUCAAAUGUGUAAAAUUUUAGGUGCACUUGAUGCAGCUUCAGAUAAAGUUACUGAAAUAAAUCAAAAGACUAAAAAAUCUCCAAAGGUUAAAAAUGAAGAGAAUAUUGAUCACGAAGAAAGUUUAUCACCAUCUGAUGAAGAAGAAGAUGAAACUGAUAAUAAAUCUGAUGAACAUAAUCAUUCAUUAUCAUUAAGUAGCAGUAAUUCAUCAAUUGCAGACGAAGAAGAAGAAGAUCAAGCAGCACCCAUCGAAAAAGAAAAUUAUUUAACUCAUCGAAAACGUCAUUAA